AUGAACACAUUAUUGAAAGGCUGCCGUCCAGUCUGCACCAAGAGAUUCUAUGCAAGUGCAAGAAAGAUCAAAUCGCCUUUUGAAGUACUCUCAUUGAGCGAAACAGCAUCCACAGCGGAAAUAAAGCAGAAAUACAAAGAGCUAGCGAAACAAUUACAUCCAGAUAAGAAAUCCACUGGAGACCUCGCUAAGUUCCAGGAAUUGGUACAAGCAUAUGAAUUAUUGGUGGAUCCAAACAGAAGGUCAUAUUAUAUCAAAUCAGGUUAUGGAUGGGGGACCAAUGCCUCACAAGCCAGAUAUCCGCCCCCUGGGUACAGGCCAGCAUCUUACACCAAUGCACAUUGGGCAGAGCCUCCUCCUCCUCCUUCCUCUCACUCGACUUUGUAUACAAACAAUGCUACAUUCAUGUCGUUACUUGCAGGCGUAGUCGUCGUGAUUGCCACUGCCAACUUUUUCUACUUUCAAUCUUCACAUGCCUCCAUGCUGAGCGCAGCUGAUCAGCACCACUUUAAAUCGAGCCAAGACUUGAAGAAGGCACGCACGGAAGCCAAAUUGUUUGGUAAUGAUCGAGGCGUCAAACGGGUCAUUGAUAACAGAAUGAAGCAGUUUAGAAAUAAACAAGAUCAGGAAGAGCCUUGA